CCAGAAUCUAUGUUGAGGGAAUACUCUUCUAGAAUGAAUAAAGCUUACAAGAGAGUAUUUCAUAAAAUAAAAAAAGUAAACAUCAAGAAGAUCAUGGAUCUAUGUAAACAGAAACGACAAAAUCUAAACAUCCAAGACAGAUGGUUAAAGAAUAUAUCAAACAAACCCAUCCCUGAAGAUGUGAGGAGUGUACUCUCGCUAGGUUCUAAAUUCAGUUUACAAGCAACAAAAAAGGACAUAAAAUUGGAAAAUAUCAUAGCAGAUGUAGAGUACAUUAUAGGAUAUAUUCCAGAAGAAACACGAGAAAUUCAAAGAGCACGAGUUACAAAUAUAAUUACCAACUUCAUACACAAAGAUAUACCAGUAAAGUCACCCAUGAACAAAUGGUAUAUGGAAGCAAAAAAGUUUUUAAGAGAAAAUCAAGACAUUAUAGUACUAAACAGUGAUAAGGGAUCGGUUACGGUGAUUAUGGAAAGGUCAGAUUAUGAAAAUAAGAUCCAGACUAUACUUGAUUCAAAAGAUUUCAAAUUAUUACCUAGAGAUCCUACUACAACUAUACAAAAUGCAUGUAAUAAGUUUAUACAGAAACUAAGUGACAAAAACUACAUAACGAAAGAACAAGCGAAAGAGAUGAAGACAUACAAUUCGGUCAGUCCAAGGAUUUACGGCAAUCCCAAAGUCCAUAAACAGGGAUACCCCAUAAGACCUAUCAUAUCAAGCAUAAAUAGCCCAUUAAAUAAAUUGUCUGAAUAUGUGGCUAACAUACUCAAGGCAGCAUAUGACACAAACAAUGAAUAUUAUACAAGAGACACAUUCCAUUUCGCAGAAAUGGUUAAAAAUUUAAAGAUUCCAGAAGACCACAGAUUGGUAUCUUUUGACGUCGUAAACUUGUUUGGAAAUUUGGAUAAAAAUAAAAUAAUUGAUAUAUUGAAAAGUAAAUGGCACAAGAUUAGACAACACACUGUGGUAGAUGAAAAACUGUUUUUUGAGAUAGUGGAAUAUGUAUUGAGUAACAACUAUUGUACCUUUCGAGGAAAGUUUUACAAACAGGUAUUUGGAUGUGCUAUGGGGUCAAAGGUUAGUCCUAUUGUGGCACAGUAUGUCAUGGAUGAUUUACUAGAUGAUUGUUCCAAAAAAUUAAAAUUCAUAAUAAAGUUGAUAAAGAAAUUCGUAGAUGACAUAAUAAUGGCAUUACCUGAAACUGAAAUUGACAAUGUAUGGAAAUGUUUAAACUCGUACUGUGCAGAUCUGCAGUUCACUUUGGAAAUGGAAAACUGUGAUCAAGGUGUCCCAUUCCUGGAUACAAUGGUACAUAGGGAAAAAAAUGAAAUCAAGUUAAAUUGGUACAAGAAGAGCACAAGCUCAAAUAAAUUCAUAGAUUACUACUCAAAUCAUGGGAUAAAUAUAAAAAUCAAUUUUAUCAAAGAAAUGAAAAAUAGAAUAACAAAGAUAUGUAGUGAAACGUACUUGAAAGAGGGACUUAAUAACCUUUUUGAUAUCCUUACUCAAAAUUCUUACCCAAAGAACAUGUUAAAAAAGUUACUAUAUGCAACAAGUGAAGCAGUGACAACAAAUGCACAAAAUAAUGAUGAAAACAAUGAAACAAAAUAUUAUGUAUCUUUUCCAAAUAUCCCAGGAUUGACAUCGAAAAUUAAGGAAACAUUCAAAAAUUAUAACAUUCAGAUGGCAACGUACAACUUGAAAACGGUUAAAGAACUGUAUAGUACACUAAAAGAUCCCAUACCAAUAGGAUUAAAAAGUGGAGUAGUAUAUGAAUUAAAUUGCCAAGACUGUGAUAAAGCAUAUGUUGGACAAACCUCACAGUGGGUCAAGAGCAGAAUGGCCCUCCAUAAAUCAGACAUCAAAAAAACUAGAAAUAGAUGUGCACUAGCAAUGCAUGCACAAAAUUUAGACCACAGAAUUGACUUCGAGGGCGUGAAAGUGCUGAAAGUUGAAAGAAAUUAUCAAAGACGAUUGAUACAAGAGAUGAUCCAGAUAAAUAGACACAAGGAUCCCAUAAAUAAGAAGUCUGAUACAAACAAACUAAGUAAUGUAUACUGCUACCUACUGGCGCGACAGGCAGAGGGCGCACCUCACAUAAAUUCACAGACACGACCACCAUUGUGAAAGAAGAAGAACUGACGGAGAUGGUUUGAAGCGGGAUGAAGGAUGACAGGACAGAUGUGAAAUAGAGAAUGAAAUAAAGUGUUGAUACGAAGAUCCAAAUAGUUUAAUAAUAAUUUCAAUUGAAUGUAAAUGUUUCUUGAUAGAUGUAAGAUUAGAGGUAAAAAAUUCAAAUUCGCAACCCUGAUGAAGCAAUAAAACAAUUGCGAAAGCUUGGUUACAGAAAAAA